AUGCACGGGGGUCCACAGCUAACUCGGAGUCAUCUUCUCCGCAAAUACUGGAUUGUCCAGGGUGGCUUGCUGACUCGGCGCAUCGUGCGGGAGUGCGUGCGCUGCACUCGCUUUCGACAGGAAACUGGGCAGCAGCGGAUCGGACAGCUUCCGUCGGUGAGACUUCGCCCGUCUCGACCCUUCCUUUCGUCCGGAGUGGACUUCGCCGGACCAAUCAAGGUUCGUGCGUCGAAGGGCCGAGGUCGCACGGCAUUAAAGGGCUACAUCAGUCUCUUUAUCUGUUUGGCGACGAGAGCGAUUCACUUGGAGGCGGUCUCUGAUCUCUCGACUGAGGCCUUUAUCGCAGCAUACCGUCGCUUUACUUCACGACGAGGUCGUUGUGCGGAGUUGAUGUCAGACAACGGCACCAAUUUCCGCGGAGCAGACCAGGAACUUAGGCGGAUGCUGAGGGCCGCGUCUGACGCUGGUUCGCACUUGGCGAACAAAGGAACGACGUGGACCUUUAUCCCGCCUCACGCACCGCACUUCGGUGGAAUCUGGGAAGCGGGUGUCCGGUCAACCAAACACCAUUUAAGGCGUAUCGUCGCCGAUCACGCCCUCACUUUUGAGGAGCUCUCCACUGUGUUGUGCCAAAUAGAGGCAUGCUUAAAUUCCCGACCUCUCUAUCCUCUCAGCUCCGAUCCUUCUGAUCUGACCGCCUUGACCCCUGGUCAUUUCCUAGUGGGUGAGGUUCUUACGAGCAUUCCUGAGCCGAUAACUCCAGAUGAGUUGCCAUCUCCGCAUAACCGUUGGCGUCUACUCACUAAUAUGCGGGAUCAUUUUUGGCGCAGGUGGUCAAAAGAAUACCUGCAUCAUUUGCACCAGUCAUCUAAGUGGCUGCAAACCAGGAGCAAUAUCCGAGAGGGAACCUUAGUCCUGAUCAAAGACGACCUCCUCCCCCCAACAAAGUGGGCGAUGGGCAGGAUUGUCAACGUCUUUCCCGGACCCGAUGGAUUGGUGAGAGUGGCGGACGUACGAACAGCCUCCUCCGUCCUACGGAGAUCGGUCACGAAGCUGUGUCCACUGCCAGUGCCGAUCGAACAACGAGAGGCGUAG